CCCGCGUGCCGCAACCGGCGCCGCCUUUCGCCGCCGCGCGCCGCCGUCGCCCCGCGCCGCCGUCGCUGCCGCCGCGCUCGCUGGCUGGCCCGGUGCGGGCGCCGGGCUCCUGCCACAGGAGAGAACCACCAGCGCCACCACCACCACUUCGGCCCGGGCCCGGCCACCGGCCCCGCCCCGGGCCCCGGCCUGAGCCCCCCGCCCGGCCGGACGAUGGAGUGUCACUACGAGGCGCUGGGGGUGCGGCGCGACGCCAGCGAGGAGGAGCUCAAGAAGGCCUAUCGGAAGCUGGCCCUGAAAUGGCACCCGGAUAAAAAUCUGGAUAAUGCCGCAGAAGCAGCUGAACAAUUUAAACUAAUCCAAGCAGCGUAUGAUGUGCUAAGCGACCCUCAGGAAAGAGCAUGGUAUGAUAAUCAUAGAGAGGCUCUGCUUAAAGGUGGGCUUGCUGGAGAGUAUCAAGAUGACAGCUUAGAUUUGCUUCACUAUUUCACUGUGACCUGUUACUCUGGUUAUGGAGAUGAUGAAAAGGGCUUUUAUACAGUGUAUCGUAAUGUUUUUGAAAUGAUUGCCAAGGAAGAACUAGAAUCUUCUUUAGAAGAGGAUGUUGAGGAUUUCCCAACUUUUGGAGACUCCCAGAGUGACUAUGAUACGGUAGUCCAUCCUUUCUACGCUUAUUGGCAGAGUUUCUGCACUCAGAAGAACUUUGCUUGGAAAGAAGAAUAUGAUACACGACAGGCUUCAAACCACUGGGAGAAACGAGCCAUGGAAAAAGAGAACAAAAAGAUUCGAGACAAAGCAAGGAAAGAGAAGAAUGAGCUUGUCCGUCAGCUGGUAGCUUUCAUCCGUAAAAGAGAUAGAAGAGUGCAGGCUCAUCGAAAACUUGUGGAAGAACAGAACGCAGAGAAGGCGAGGAAAGCCGAAGCAAUGAGGCGGCAGCAGAAGCUAAAGCAGGCCAAACUGGCAGAGCAGUACAAAGAGCAGAGCUGGAUGACGGUGGCCGAUUUGGAGAAGGAGCUCAGGGAGAUGGAGGCGCAGUAUGAAAAGGAGUUUGGAGAUGGAUCAGGUGAAGAUGAAGCGGAAGAACGGGAACUCCAAGACGGACAGGAUGGUAAAGAUGGUGACGAGGCUGAGGAUGCAGAACUUUAUGAUAGCCUUUACUGCCCAGCAUGUGACAAAUCUUUCAAGACGGAAAAGGCCAUGAGGAAUCAUGAAAAAUCAAAGAAGCAUCGGGAAGUGGUUGCCUUGUUAAAACAACAGUUGGAGGAGGAGGAAGCAAAUUUUUCAGGACCUCAAACUGAUGAAAACAGUCUGGAUGCCAAUUCUGAGGAAGAAAUGGAGGAUGCACCAAAACAAAAACUUUCUAAAAAACAGAAGAAAAAGAAACAGAAACCAGCACAGAAUUAUGAUGAUAAUUUCAAUGAAAAUGGAACUGGAGAAGCAGUAAAGGUUGAUCCAGAAGAUAACAGCCUAAAUCAAGGCAGUGCCAAAGGAUUGGAAGAUAGUCCCCAGGAAAAUGUCAGUGUUACAGAGACUGUGGAACGGUGUGAUGACCCCAAAAGUGAAGAUAAAAGUGUUUCUAAACCCAAAGGAAAGAAAGCCAAAGAUACUAAAAAAUCUGUCAGAGUGCCUGCUGAACUACAGACAGUGAGUGAUGUUCUUAUCAGCUGUACAACCUGCCAUAGUGAAUUUCCAUCACGGAAUAAACUUUUUGACCAUCUAAAGGCCACAGGUCAUGCAAGAGCACCUUCAUCAUCAUCUUUAAACAGUGUAACAGAUAGUCGAAGCAAAAAAGAGAAACGUAAAAACAGAUAGAAAUCCUGCCAAUGCUUUUUCUUUUUGAUUGUCUCUAGAUUUUGACACCAAAAACUGAACUGAAAUCAUCUAAAGAGUUAAAAUUUCAGUCAUCUGCAAUUUAUUGCAUUGUGGGAGAUUAUUUUUAUCUUGUAGAAACGUUUUUUUGUUUAAUAUAUAUUUUUUAAACAUUUCAUUGGUGAUUGAAUUCUACUUUUGCCAUCUGAAUUGACUUGAAUGUCUCAGAACAGGUAAAUAUUGUAAAGUAUGCAUUCUUGACUUCUCUUGGCUCAUGUGGACAGAAAUGUACAGAGAGAAUUAAAUUAUUUUAACACGUACAAAUGCUCCUUUCUGUUUUAUUUUGUGAAUUUCACAUUAAGUGAAAGUAUUUUUAUAUGAUAAGCAUUUUUAUAUGAUUCAGUGGUUUUGUGUUUGGUUAUGCUUCAUGAUCUGUUGAAGACUCAGAUCAUUUUAAAAUCGUCAUGGAUUUUUUCCACCUGAUACCAUGAUUCCAGUUCUGAUUUUAAAACUACUUCUAAAUAACCUGUUGUUAAUUACUGCAUUUUUUUUCCCCUCAAGGACAAUGAUAAGUAGAAACUAAUUGAACAUAUAUGGUUGUUUUUCAAGAAUAGUAUCUCUUCAAGGUAUAAUUAUAUUGAUUUAACUUGAGAUUUUACUGGUAAUUAUCAAUAAGAUAUAUCUUUUGGUUUUUCACUCUGAUUUGGCUCAUGGAGAUGGAACAAAUUUAUAGGGUGUGUCCUCCUUAGGCAUAGGGACAGCUGUAAAGCAUGAUUGAUCAAGGUAGCAGAUGGUUCAGAAUUUAUUCUAUUUAACAAGGGGUAUUCUGCCUUGGGUUUUUUCACUAUUUUCAGAAGUUCUUUUGUUUUUUCCAUCAUUCAGUGGAGAGAAAGUUUUCCUUUUUUUUUUUUUUUGCUGUAUGCGGGCCUCUCACUGUUGUGGCCUCUCCCAUUGCGGAGCACAGGCUUCAGACGCGCAGGCUCAUGGGCCCAGCCGCUCCGCGGCAUGUGGGAUCUUCCCGGACCGGGGCACGAACCCGUGUCCCCUGCAUUGGCAGGUGGACUCUCAACCACUGCAUCACCAGGGAAGCCCCAAGAGAGAAACUUUUUUAAUGAAAGAUUUUUCACUAGGGCUGAUAUUUAUGCCCUAGAUUGUCUACUCUGUAGCAAAGAUGAAAAAAGAAAUACAGAGAAUCUUUAUAAGUGAGUGUGGUCAAGUAUAUGGAUCAGUGAUGAGUCAGGUUUUAGGGUGGAUUAAAUAGGCAAUGCUUUUGUUGGUCUUGAAAGUAACUUUGAACUCACUAGCUUGAAAUAAGUACUUGCUGUUCAGUGAAGUUAUUUCUCUCCUUAUAUCCUUGAUCUUCAAAUGAAACAAUCUUCAGUUAUGCAUAAGUUCUAAAACACAGGGUCCCCGAGGGCAAGGUCUUUUCUGAAAGCUUCAUGGAUAGUAUUGAUGAUGCGGAUCAUUCUGUGAGAUGGACUUGAAAAUAUGCAUUUGUAGCUUAAUUUUUAGUUUGUUUCUUUUUCAUUUAGAUAGAUGUUUAUUUUCUUUACCUUCUUCCCUUUCUAACUUCUAUUGCUAAUUCCUCCUAAUUGUUUUCCCCCCUUUCUUGGUCCCUUCAGGGGAAAUGCCAGCCAGUUUUCUGUCUUUGGUCUUUUCCUCCCAGGCUUCAUCUGAACACUCACCACCUUCCUCUAAUUUGAACUAGAUGAAUUGGCCAUAAUUAGGAAUAUUAAUGAAUGGGAGGGCAUAUUAGUCACGUUAUUAUUGUUCAGUAAAAUAUAGGAAGUCAUCUUGAAAGGUAGAGAAUGUCCUGCAAAUGCCCUUCAGACCUUCCUUGCUUUCCCUUGUACCAACCAUGCAGGCAUAUUUAAAUUUAUUCCUGCUACAUGUGAGGAUUGAUUGGGGUUUCUUGUCACUUUUAUUCUCAUUGACAAAAGUCAUCCAUACUUUUUAAGAGAUCUUCAUCAGUUGUGAUCAGAAAUUAGAUUUCAGUUCUAAUCCUGUGUGUGAUGCUGAUAAGUCAUUUAACUUCUCUGAACUUCGUUUUCCUUAUCUCUAACACAGUUGUUAGCAUAAUAAUAUUGUCUCCGUUUAUCACCCAGGAUUAUGACGAUCAAAUAAAAUACUACAUAUGAAAACGUUUUUUAAAUACAAAAGCUUUAUACACAAUGUUAUUGAAUUUAGAUGAGUUAAAUCUUUUUCAGUUAAAAUAUUUGCAGAUAGAACUGUAUGUGCUGAAUUGAAUGCGCUUUAAGUUUUAUGGGAAUUUCCUUUCCAAUCUACUUCUGAAGAGGAAAACAGAAACAUAUGUUAUGGCAAGGGUAAAAUGUUAUUUUUGGUGGAUCACAGACGUUCGAUUUUGUUUGUCUGAGGCAGAGCAGAAUAUUCAAAAAUACAUGAGCACAUAUUUUACGUUAAUCUCAUUAAAGCUCAGUGGUAACUACCAUCUUGAUUGAAGUUAGCUCAAGUGUAGAAGGUGCAUAGCUUGAGGGUUCUGGAAGGAGAGGGUUAGGGGAAAUCCCGUUUAUUCCUCCACAAUUCAUUCAGUGGUACCAAAGCUAGGGUUCUCCAUAAAGCCCAGUGAGACCUUCCCUAUUUCAAAAUAGGAACAGUAUCCUUAUCAAAAGCAUAGCACUAUAGGAAAAUAGGAUGGCAUCAAAAUGAAAACUUUUGCAGAACAAUAGGCAACAUAAGUAAAAAGACAAGCCUCAGACUGGGAGAAAAUGUUUUGAUACAUGUAACUGACAAAGGAUUAGUAUCCAGAAUACAUUAAACGACAAAAGAACCUCCUAUAAAUCAGUGAGCAAUUGACAGUUAUGCAUUAAUACCAAGCAGUUCUCAAACUUUUUGGCAUCAAGAUCCCUUUACAGUCUCAAAAAUUGAGAACCCCAAAGUGGUUUUGUGUAUGUAGUUUAUAUCUACUGAUAUUUACUCUAUUAGAAAUGAAAAUAGAGGAAUUUUUGAAGUAUUACCUUAUUUAAAAUAAUACAUGUUAAAUAACAUUUAUGGAAAAUAACUUUUUCAAAAUGAAAGUUUAAUGAGAAGAGAGGCAUUUGUUUUACAUUUCUGAAAAUCUCUUUAAUGUCUGGCUCAAUAGAAGACAGCUGGAUUCUGAUAGCUGCUUCUUCAGUCAGUCUGUUGCUGUAUGUUUUGGUUAAAGUAUGUGAAGAAAAUUGAGCCUCAUGUGGAUAGGAAAUUGGAAAAAGAAGGACCUUGUGGAUCUCCCAGGGUCCUCAGACCACGCUCAGAACCGCUGCAUUAGAAAAAUGGAUUGGCAAAAGGCAAAAAGUCUCACAAGAUCAAGUGUUGGUGAGAAUGGAGAAAUGGGAACAAUUGCUUCAGUUUGAUGGUGGCUAUGAAAGUUGAAGACGUACCCCCUGACCUGACAACUCCAGGGGUAUACUAGAGUCUCACAGUGUCUGCAGAGGCACAGCAUGGGCUCUACCUGAGGACUGUCACCCAGGUCCCACUCCUGACCUGCUGGGUGAGAAUUUGCAAUUAACAAGACUUCUCAGGUGACUCGCAUGCUUCUUGCAUCUUGAGAAGCAGUGCUCUCAGGAAUCCAGGCGCAUGUGGCCAAGGAGACUUAGUGGCUGAUCACAGCUGAAUUGCUUGUAUCUGGGAAAAGUUGGAGAUGGACCCUAAAUCUCCGUGAACAAGAAAGUGGAUAAAUUGUAUAAUGGACAGUAAGAUGGCAAACAAGCAGUUCAAAUGAGUGAACUGGAUAUGUAAUACCAAUGGCUAGCCUUAAAAAAAUACUGAAUGAAAACAAGCUGUCAGAAGGUGACAUGUAUGCCACUUAUAUAUAGUUUUUUUAAAGUAACUGUUGUUAUUUAUAGAGAGAAAAUAUAGAACCAUCAAUGGGAAACACAUCAUUCAGAAAAGUAGUUGCCUCUGGAAACGGAGGGAGAGGGGUGGAAUGGGGGCGUGGCAGCAAAGGGGCCUUAUCUGAGGCAAGACUUCUAAUUAAGAUCUGAAGGAAGAUGUUAGCAUUAAUUCUGGGUGGUGGGUAAUGAGGGUUUAUCACUCUACUAACAUGUUUUCAUGAAAUACUUCAAAUAUCCAGAGAAAUACAAAUUAAUGUUCCAUUUUUUGUUAAUAGAAAAUACACUUGCACGAAAGGGGAGAAAAAGGUUUUCAGGUCUACAUUUUAUUCCUAGCAUAUUCCAUAAGCUCACUGUGGCAGAGGCUGUUACUUGUUUCUCUCAAUAUUCAUUCUCCCCUUCUUCCUUAUAAUUCUGAUUUUUGAUUGGGCACAAAGCCACCUAAAAUUUUACCUUCCUAGCCUCCCUUGCAGCUAGGAGUCUGUAAGUUCUGGUCAGUGAUCUGAGCAACUUUGGGGACAUGUCCUGAAAGAUGUGUGGGAUGUCCUUAUUCCUUCCUCCGCCAGCUUCAGUGAACGGGUAGGUAAUGGUUGGCGCUCUACCCCUGUCUGGGACCAUGAAUCCUCACAGGGCAGAGAAACUGAAGCCCAGGAGCUUCCAUCCUUGACAUGUAGAGGGACCCUAUAAGCCCCAGACAACCUCCUUCUGCAUUCAAGAGAAAUAAAACUCCUGCAUUACUGAA